AUGAAUGGAGACUUCCGCUACGCUGUGGUUGGAGUCUUGAAAGUUGCCUUGUCCGAGAACGCAGAGGAGAUGUACGACGAAUUGUGCGUUCGCCCGAAAGAAGUGGAUGGCUAUCUCCUCACUGAGCAUUCCUUGACCAGGACCAAGCUCGACAUCACAGCCAAGUGCGCCACAGGCUACAAGGGCAAGCCGGAGAUCAAGGAUUGCGUGGAUGACCACGAGCCAUACAGGCUUUCCGGUUGCAACCCUUUGGUCUGUACUUCGCCGGACGAACUCGAGGGGUAUACCACGAAUGAGAAAAACAUGCAGAUUCUCUACUUCGAUGUGGAUGUAGCUUGCAAGGCUGGUUACGAAGGCGAUCCCAAGGUGACCAAGUGCAGUGGGGACGGCCAGCCGUACAGCGUGACAGGAUGCAGGCAAACGACGACCACUACAAGCACCACAACAACAAGCACAACAACCACCACAGUUACCACGACGUCCACGACGACCACCACCUCGACCACCACCACGACCACUAUUACCAGCACUUCGACGACAACCAUCACCACUACAAGCACUAUCACUUCCACCACUACCACCACAACUACAAGCACCACAACCACAACAAGCACUCAAACUUCCACCACUACCACGACGACUACAAGCACAACCACCACAACUGUGGUGGAGUAUUGUAGAUCACCGAGUGAUGAGCCCGCGUACACGGUGACGGAGACUAGUCUGGAGGUGCUCACCUUCAAUGUCAAAGCCAAGUGCAGUGCUGGCUACAUGGGCACACCUGAAGUGUCAGUCUGCAAAGCAGGUGAUCGUCCUUACGCCUUGAAGGGUUGCAAGAAGAAGAUUUGUCAAACACCGGCUGACGUUGCAGGCUACCAGCUGACAGAGACGGACAUGUCCAUGGUUGCCUUUGACGUCAAAGCCUCCUGCGACAACUUCUACCAUGGCUCCAGCCCAAAGGUCGAGGUGUGUGCCGACGACAAGCAGAAGUAUUUCCUCAGUGGUUGCAACAUAGAUGUUUGUACGUCUCCAAGUGACACCACCGGAUACACUGUGACUGAGACGAAGCUCACUCGGAAAGGCUUUGCAGUUACAGCCAAGUGCGCUGCGGGCUACACUGGCACUGCCACAGUGUCGGUGUGCAGCGAGCACAACCUUGAGUAUUCAAUUAGCUCUGAGACAGUGGGCCUUCCAACCUUCCAGCCCUCCAACCUUCCAACCUUCCACCCUUCCCGAUAUGUCGUGGAUGAGAAGAACUUGCACAUUCUGACCUUCGAUGUGACCGCAAAGCCGCUGGGCAAAGUAUGUGCUCAGCGGCUGCAAGAUGGUUCGCCAUUGCCUGGCUCCAGCUGCCCGGACUUUGAGCGAAUUGCUACAUCCCAGGGGUACGACAUUGAAGAGAAAAGCCUGCGGGCAGGCACCUUCGACGUGAAGGUCACAUGCUCGGCGGGUUACAUUGGGACCGCUGCGGUGGCAGCUUGCACUGCUGAUGGUGAAGCCUACACCCUCAGCGGUUGUGAGCAGGAUCCUAUCUGCUUGGCCCCCGACAAUGUCAAAGGAUACUUGGUGACCGAGGCCAGUCUACAAAAGAGCAAGUGGGACGUCACCGCCCAGUGUGCUUUGGGAUAUCUUGGCCAGGCUGCCGUCGCACCCUGUACGGCUCAUGGCGAGAAGUAUUCAAUCUCCGGCUGUGAGCUGGACCCUAUCUGCUUGGCUCCCACAAGUACCAAAGGCUACAAGUUCAAGGAGUCUGAGUUGGCAAAGAGCAAGUUCGACGUGGACGUUGAAUGCGCAUACGGAUACGUUGGCAAGGCCUCAGUGUCGGCAUGCACAUCCCAUGGCGGGGCCUUCUCGCUCUCCGGCUGUGAAGUUGAUCCAGUGUGUGUAGCUCCGAAAAAGCUUGAGCGAGGCUACAAGGUCAAGGAGAACAGCCUUACCAAAAGCAACUUCGACGUAGAGGUCGAGUGCGCGACAGGAUUCUUGGGAACAGCAUCUGUAACACCCUGCACAGCCGAUGGGGAAGAGUACGAGAUUGCUGGCUGUGAGAUAGACCCCGUGUGUCUUGCUCCCACAGGAGCAGCUAGCAGGGGCUACAAAAUCACAGAAAAAAGCAUCGUCAAGAGCACCUGGGAUGUCACUGCAGAGUGUGCAAGCGGCUACGUUGGAACAGCAGAAGUGACUAUCUGCGCAGCAGACGGGGAGAGAUACUCACUGUCGGGCUGUGAGGUGGAUCCGGUGUGCUUGGCACCGACCUUGAAGGCCGGCUACAAGGUGGUGGAGAAUAGUCUUUUGCACAGCCAGUUCUCCGUGGAGGCCGAGUGUAUCGCGGGCUACCUUGGAACUCCAGUGGUGACCGAGUGUGAAAAAGAUGGAGAGCAAUACUCGAUUUCAGGCUGUGAGCUGGACCCCGUGUGCUUGGCUCCCAAGAGUGCUAAAGCCUACAGGUUCACGGAGGCUGCGCUCACUCUGAGCAAAUUUGAUGUCACUGCUGAGUGCGCACCAGGAUAUGUUGGUACGGCAUCAGUCGCAGCCUGCACGAAAGACGGGGAGGCCUUCACGCUGUCGGGCUGUGAAGCGGACGCCAUUUGCUUAUCCGCUGCAAGUGUGGAGGGCUACAAGUUCGUGGAGAAAAGCUUGACCAAGAGCACAUUCGAUGUCACGGCAGAGUGUCGACCAGGCUAUCUUGGAAAGGCAACCGUCGCACCCUGCAGCAGCAAUGGUGAAAAGUACACCCUCUCUGGAUGUGAGAAGGAUCCCAUAUGUAUUGCCCCAGCUGAUGCCACCGGCUACGACAUCACAGAGACGAAUCUUGCAAAGAGCAAGUUCGACGUGACAGUAAAAUGCAAAGAUGGUUUUUUGGGCACAGCUGCUGUGACUGCAUGCGCAAAAGAUGGAGAACCUUAUGAUGUGGACGGAUGUGAAAAGGAUCCCAUCUGCCUCGCCCCAACUGACAUAGCAGGCUACUCUGUUACAGAGACUGUUCUUGCGAAGAGCAAGUUCGAUGUCUCUGUAGAGUGUGCUGAAGGAUUUGUUGGUACGGCCAGCGUGGAAGCAUGCUCCAAGAAUGGCGAAGCAUACACAUUGGCUGGAUGCGAGAAGGACCCCAUUUGCCUCGGCCCCACUGAUGUUGAAGGCUAUUCUGUCACAGAAGUUAAUCUUGCAGAGAGCAAGUUUGAUGUGAAUGUGGAGUGUGCUACUGGAUUUGCAGGCACAGCCUCUGUGACUGCAUGCGCCAAGCAUGGCGAAGCAUACACAUUGGCUGGAUGCGAAAAAGACCCUAUUUGCCUCGCCCCGACUGAUGUGGAAGGCUACUCUAUCACAGAGACAGUUCUUGCAGUGAGCAAGUUUGAUGUGACUGUCGAAUGCGCCCUUGGAUUUACGGGCACUGCCUCUGUCAGUCCAUGCUCUGAAAAUGGAAAGCCUUUCACGUUGUCUGGUUGUGUGAAAGACAACUUCUGCAUAGCACCAGCAACAUCUGCCGGCUAUGAAGUGACGGAAGUUAACCUCGCUGCCAGCAAAUUUGACGUGACCGCAGAGUGCGCAGCUGGAUACUUUGGAAGUGCCAAGGUUUCUACAUGCACAACAGACAAAGGAGCAUACGCACUGUCCGGCUGCGAGAAGGACACCCUGUGCGUUGCCCCGAUGGAUUCGAAAGGCUACGUCGUUGACGAGUCAGACCUGCGUAGGAGCCAGUUUGAUGUUGUAGCUGGAUGUGCUGACGGUUAUUCCGGGACGGCCCAAGUAACCCCUUGCUCUUCGGAAGGGGAACCCUAUGCACUGAGUGGCUGCUCCAAGCGUUAG